UUUAAAAUAGAAACUCCGGGAUGGUCAGAAGCUGGAAGUUUAUACUUGCCACCAGAAUCCGGGAGCCUUGAAGAUUCCUUAGAUCAGUUUGUUCAACAGAAUCAGAUGGAAAACUCACGAUCAGCGCUUAACAAAUUCCUUGUUACGCGGGACAUAAGUCCUGUGCGUUCCUCCUUAACGACACCCUGGAAUGACGCCAGUGAAAGGACGAGACGCUAUUAUAUCAAAAAAGCCAGCGAAGCCGUUGCUGCAUCACUGGAAGUAAUGGCACCUGGUGAAAGUGCGGAGAUGCUUUGGAGUACCACU